AUGCGGGCUGCGAAGUGGCUAGCGGGUCUGCUGUGCCCGCUCUCCCUUCUCAUCACCAAGUCCUGGGAAGUCCGGUUUCACCCCUCACAAGAGACCUUAGUGAAGCAACUCUCUUCCUACGAGAUAGUCACACCUACCCGAGUGAAUGAAUUUGGAGAAGUUUUCCCUCACACACAUCACUUCAGGAGGAAGAAAAGGAGCUUGGAGGCACCCGGGGAGCCCGCUGCUUUCAGGACACAUUACCAGCUCAAUGCUUAUGGGCAGCUCUUCCAACUGAACUUGAGCGCUGAUGCAGGAUUCAUUGCUGCUCAUUAUAAAGUGAUGCAUGUGGGGUCUGCACAGGAGCAGCCCUCCUCUGACUUGCGCCACUGCUUCUACCGGGGGCAUGUCAAUGCACAGGAGACACAUACGGCUGUCUUCAGCCUCUGUGGUGGCCUGAUGGGCACCUUUAAAGUACAUGAUGGUGAAUAUUUUUUAGAACCUUUGAUGAAGGCAGAUGGAGAUGAACACGAAGAUGAUCAUAACAAACCACAUCUUAUAUACAGACAUGAAGAUUUAAAAAAUGACAUUUAUCAGAACUCCCAGAAACCUUGUGAAGUUUCAGAAAAAGAGAUGAAGAAAAUCAUGUUACCAUUUCCAGACUACGGCAGUUUAAAUGAAGACCUAAAUAUUUUACAAAAGGCCACAGUUUUAGAGUAUGCUUUUAAAAAUCUAUCAAUAGAGGUUGAUAGAAGCAAUCCACAUUCCCGGAAAAAACGUUUUCUUUCCUAUCCAAGAUAUGUAGAGGUGAUGGUUACAGCUGAUACCAAAAUGGUUCGUCACCAUGGACGGAGCUUGCAGCACUAUAUAUUAACACUUAUGUCAAUAGUUGCAGCAAUCUACAAAGACUCAAGUAUUGGAAAUCUCAUAAAUAUAAUGAUUGUAAAACUAAUUGUAAUUCACAAUGAACAGGAAGGACCAGCCAUCAGUUUUAAUGCAGCUACCACUCUUCGUAAUUUUUGUUUAUGGCAACAAACACAGAACAUUCUGGAUGAUGCUCACCCUUCUCAUCAUGAUACUGCUGUUCUCAUCACAAGGGAAGAUAUCUGCAGAGCUAGAGAGAAGUGUGAUACUCUAGGUUUAGCGGAAUUAGGUACAAUGUGUGACCCACUGCGCAGCUGUUCUAUAAGUGAAGAAAAUGGAUUAAGUGCUGCAUUUACUAUAGCACAUGAACUUGGGCAUGUAUUCAAUAUACCCCAUGAUGAUAGUUUUAAGUGUAAAGAAGCUGGAAUAAAAUAUCAGUACCAUGUAAUGGCCCCAACUUUAAAUUAUCACACAAGUCCAUGGACGUGGUCAAAAUGCAGUCAAAAAUAUAUCACUGAGUUUCUUGAUACUGGUUAUGGGGAAUGCCUUCUCGACAAACCAAAUGGAAGAAUAUAUGAUCUUUCAUCACAGCUGCCUGGAUCAAUGUAUGAUGUCAACAAGCAGUGUGAACUUAUGUUUGGUCCUGGGUCACAAGUAUGCCCGUAUUUGAAACAAUGCAAACGCUUAUGGUGCACAAGUGCUGAAGGAAUUCACAAGGGCUGUCGUACUCAGCAUAUGCCAUUGGCUGAUGGGACAGAAUGUGGUCUUGGAAUGCACUGUUACCAUGGGAUUUGUGUAAGCAAAGAAAUGGAAACACGUCCUGUAGAUGGAGAAUGGGGACCUUGGGGACCUUAUAAUUCAUGUUCAAGAACCUGUGGAGGUGGAAUCAAAAGCACAACCAGGCUGUGUAAUCGACCUGAGCCGAGAAAUGGAGGAAAAUACUGUGUGGGUCGCAGGAUGAAAUUUCGAUCAUGUAGUACUGAUUCAUGUCCAAAGGGCAAACAAGAUUUUCGAGAGCAACAGUGCUCUGAUUUCGAUGGUAAACAUUUCAACAUCAAUGGUCUUACAUCUGCUGUACGCUGGCUUCCAAAAUACAGUGGCAUUUCUAUGAAAGAUCGCUGUAAACUUUUUUGCCGAGUGUCUGGAACAACUUCCUACUACCAGCUGAAAGACAGAGUUGCCGAUGGUACCCCCUGUGGAACUGAAACCAAUGACAUAUGCGUUCAAGGCUUAUGCAGGCAAGCUGGCUGUGAUCAUGUGUUGAAUUCCAAGGCAAGGAGAGAUAAGUGUGGAAUCUGUGGUGGUGAUAAUUCUUCAUGUAAGACUCUUGCAGGUACUUUCAACAGUGCUCAUUAUGGUUAUAAUAUCAUAGUAAAAAUUCCCAUGGGAGCAACAAACAUUGACAUUCGUCAGCACAGCUAUUCAGGAAAACCAGAAGAUGACAACUACCUUGCAUUAUCUGAUACUCAUGGGAAUUUUAUCCUGAACGGAAAUUUUGUUGUAAGCAUGUCUAAAAAAGAAAUUGGUAUACAAGGAGCCAUUUUUGAGUACAAUGGUUCAAACAACACUGUAGAGCGAAUUAACAGCACCCAUCGACUAGAAGAAGAGCUAAUUUUGCAGGUAUUAUGUGUAGGGAAUUUAUACAAUCCUGAUGUGCGUUAUUCAUUCAGUAUUCCUAUAGCAGAGAGAAGUGAUCUGUUUCUCUGGGAUCCAUAUGGUCCCUGGCAAGAGUGCAGCAAAAUGUGCCAAGGUCUUCGUAAAAGAAAAGUUACAUGCAUACGUAAGAGUGAUCACUUGGUAGUGUCUGACCAAAGAUGUGAAAAUAUACCUCCUCCACCAGCAGUCUCUGAAAAGUGCAAUACAGAGUGUGAAUUAAGGUGGCAUAAUAUUGGCAAAAGUGAGUGCACAUCACGGUGUGGCCCAGGGUAUCGGUCUUUAGACAUCCACUGCAUGAAGUACUCUGUUUCAAAAGGACUGAGUGUUCCAGUGGAUGAUAAAUACUGCGCUGAUCAGCAGAAACCACCAAUCAGAGAACCCUGUCAUGGUGACUGUCUGUUAACAAGCUGGCACUACACAGAAUGGUCAGAGUGUUCCAGGAGCUGUGAGAGAGGCAUAAGAACGAGAGAAGCUUUUUGUAUGAACAACUUUGGUCGUCGGCUAGCUGAUAGAGAAUGCCAUGAGCUUUCAAGGAUUGUAACACAGAACUGUAAUGAGUUUUUAUGUCCAAACUGGGCUACUAGUGAUUGGAGUGAGUGUCCUGUGACAUGUGGGAAGGGAAUGAGGCAUCGACAAGUAUGGUGUCACCUGAAUGAUGAAAAACUGAGAGAGAACUUCUGUAAUCCAAACUCUAGACCAGAAUCAGUAAGAUCAUGUGAACUUCAUGAAUGUGCAUCUUGGCAAGUAGGACCAUGGGGAUCAUGUGCUGUGACAUGUGGACGUGGAUACCAAAUGCGUGCAGUCAAAUGUGUGACUGGCACUUAUGGAGUUAUUUUAGAGGAUGACAGAGAGUGCAAUGCUGCUACCCGCCCUAGAGACAGUCAGGACUGUGAAAUGCCUCCUUGUCCAGAAACCACAAAAUUAUGGACAACAUCGCUUCCUGUCAUAGGGAAGGUGACUCAGUGGAGAUAUGGAUCAUGGACCCCAUGCUCUGCAUCUUGUGGAAAAGGUAACCGUGCUCGCUAUGUGAGUUGUAGGGAUGCUCAUGGUGGAGUUGCUGAUGAAUCACUCUGUACACACUUACCCAGACCAGCUGAGAUUUCAAACUGUUUUAGUCCAUGUGGAGAAUGGCAAGCUGGAAAUUGGUCACCCUGCACAGUUACAUGUGAUAAUGGAAUAACAACAAGACAAGUUGUCUGUGUCAACUACCAUCAACAAAUUGAUGAGAAUUACUGUGAUCCCGAAAGCCGUCCUUCCAACAAGCAAGAGUGUAACAUGCCUCCAUGCCUGCCAGUUUAUCGUCAUAUUCCUAAAAUACAUGACCAUCCAAGCCAUUUUCCAGAACUAGAUUACCCUCCAAUACACAGGGGCCAUCACCCACAAGAUAAUGUAAAUCAAUGGAGCCAUCCUUCUGUAGGAGGAAACCAGUGGAGAACAGGACCAUGGGGAGCAUGCUCUAGUACUUGUGCAGGUGGAUUCCAACGUCGUGUUGUAGUGUGUCAAGAUGUGGAUGGAAUAAGUGCUAGUCAUUGUGAUGAGGCAACAAAGCCCCCAGAGUCAAGGCACUGUGAUUCUGGACCCUGUCCACGAUGGAACUAUGGGAACUGGGGAGAAUGUACUCAUACAUGUGGAGAUGGAAUAAAGACAAGAUUAGUGAUUUGUCAGCUUCCUAAUGGCCAAAUGUUGAAUGAUCAAAGCUGUGAAAUUCUAGACAAGCCACCUAAUAUGGCACAAUGUAAUGUGCAUUCUUGCCCUGGAGAUGUUUCAUGGCAACGGGGACCAUGGAAAUCGUGUUCCGUUUCCUGUGGAAAGGGUAUAAAGUAUCGUGAUGUGCAUUGUGUGAACAGCAUCCAAAUUAAAUUAGAGGAAGAAAACUGUAGACAUUUAAAGAAGCCUCGAACCCACAAAGUUUGUAGAGCUGUCAGAUGCCCUGCAUGGAAGGCCAACAGGUGGAAGGAUUGCUCGGUGACCUGUGGAGUGGGGAUUCAACAACGGGAUGUUUACUGUCGGCUGAAAGGCAGGGGUCGAGUGAAUGAAGCAAUGUGUAAUCAUGAUGCCCAGCCCCCUAGUCAGAAGCCCUGUUGGCUGCCUGCCUGUGUGUCGUACCAAUGGCUGACAGAUGAAUGGCAAGAUUGCUCAGCAUCAUGUAGGAAAAAGGAAACACGCCGGAAGGUCAAGUGUGUGGAUGAAAACAAGAUCCAAGUAAAUGAAAGUUCCUGUGAUCCUGCCACAAAGCCUCCAUCGAUCAAAAAAUGCAGGAUUGCUCCCUGUAAAUAUGUUGUGGUUACAGGAGACUUGUCACAGUGUUCAGCCAGCUGUGGGCUUGAUUACUGGCAAAGGAUCACAUACUGUAUUGGAAUCCACGCUAUUCGGAAUAAUCGUGCCUAUGGUCUUCGCUCGGUAGCAUAUCGAGAUUGCCCAAUAGUGCCUUCCCCACACAUUUAUAAAUGUAAUAUCAGGGGAUGUUUACAAGCAGCUACUUGGAAGGUGGGGAAAUGGAGCAAAUGCUCAGUAGCUUGUGGAGUGGGAAUAAAGGAAAGAAGAGUAGAAUGCAUGACUGAAAGUGGUUUAUCCAGUGGCUUGUGCCUGUCACGUUUAAAACCAGCAGCCAGAAAGAUCUGUCAUGCAAAAGAAUGUGAAGCUUUCACCAGCUGCAAAGAAAUCCAGAUUAAAAAAAGGAUUAGAAAGGAUGGUGAAUAUUUACUUAACGUUAAAGGAAGAUUGAUAAAGAUUUAUUGUUCGGGGAUGCAGUUUGAGAAUCCCAGAGAAUAUUUAACAUUGGUUAAAGGUGAAGCAGACAACUUUUCUGAAGUAUAUGGAUACAGGUUACAAAAUCCAUACGAAUGUCCUUUCAAUGGAAGCAGAAGGCAAGACUGUGCAUGCAGAAAUGACUACCUUGCUGCUGGACACACUAUUUUUAGCAAAAUAAGAAUUGAUAUAAUCUCUAUGCAAAUUAAAACUACAGACCUUCUCUUUGCUCAGAAUGUAUUUGGGAGAGCUGUUCCUUUUGCUACAGCUGGAGAUUGCUAUAGUGCUGCCAGAUGCCCACAGGGGCAGUUCAGCAUUAAUUUGACAGGCACUGGACUGAGGCUAUCCAGUACAGCUAGAUGGAUUGCUCAGGGCAAUUAUGCAACUGUUGAUAUACACAAAUCCCAAGAUGGUACUAAAAUAUAUGGAAGAUGUGGAGGGUUCUGUGGGAAAUGUAUUCCUAACACAAGUAUUGGUCUCCAACUUCAAAUACAGUAA